AUGGAUGUGACUAAAAGAGACUCUGAUGACAGUACUGACUCUGCUGACGAUGAUACCACCACUGUUACUAUCUCUGAAUCUACCAAGGCAUAUUUUGCUCAGAUUUUGGACGAUGUCUUGACAAUCAACACAGGUGCGCUUGAUUCUAUUGAUGGGACAACCGCUUAUGGCUUCGAAAAAGUCGUUGAGCUUGCCGAGGAAGGUAACAGUGAGGAUGAUGCCGCCAAACUCAGGUCAUUGAAAAAUGCUGGUAAGAUUCUCCACUGUGAAUAUUCAUGGAAUUAA